UUCUGCAGGAGAGGCUGGGGGUGGAGCAGCGGAGCAGGAGCCGGCUCUGCUUUCGCCUCUGCCAAGGCUGCUGAGCCCACGUCAGGGGACGCGUCUGGAUAAAUAGGGUCCCACAAUGGCCGUGGCCCGCUGCGCUCCGAGCUGCGGGGCGGGAGACUGGAGCUUCCUGCGCGGGUCUGUGCUCUGGUGGGUGAGUGCUGUCCCUGCCAGUGUCCGGGCGCCCAGGGCUGAUCGACGGCCAGAACCCCAGAACUCCCGUUCAGUGCGGACUGGAGCUCCAGCAGAAACGCUCACUUCGCUGCCCCUAGGUAAAGACAUAAGGAGAUCAGAGGGACUUGAAGGGAAGGUCCCCAGUGGGGACCGCAGCCCAGGAGGACAGUGCGAUGCUCCUCUCCAUCCUGGUAGCGUUAUGCCUGUGGCUGCGCCUGGCUCUGGGAGUGCGCGGAGCGCCCUGCGAGGCUGUGCGCAUCCCCAUGUGUAGGCACAUGCCCUGGAACAUCACCCGGAUGCCCAACCACCUGCACCACAGCACUCAGGAGAACGCCAUCCUGGCCAUCGAGCAGUACGAGGAGCUGGUAGACGUGAACUGCAGCUCUGUACUGCGCUUCUUUCUCUGUGCCAUGUACGCACCCAUCUGUACCCUGGAGUUCCUGCACGAUCCCAUCAAACCCUGCAAAUCUGUGUGCCAGCGCGCACGCGACGACUGCGAGCCCCUCAUGAAGAUGUAUAACCACAGCUGGCCAGAGAGCCUGGCUUGCGAUGAGCUGCCUGUCUAUGACCGUGGAGUGUGCAUCUCUCCGGAGGCGAUAGUCACUGACCUUCCGGAAGAUGUGAAGUGGAUAGACAUCACACCAGAUAUGAUGGUUCAAGAAAGGUCCUUUGAUGCUGACUGUAAACAUCUGAGCCCUGAUCGGUGCAAGUGCAAAAAGGUGAAGCCAACUUUGGCAACGUACCUGAGCAAAAACUACAGCUAUGUUAUUCAUGCCAAAAUAAAAGCGGUCCAGAGGAGUGGUUGCAAUGAGGUCACAACUGUGGUCGAUGUAAAAGAGAUCUUCAAGUCUUCAUCACCUAUCCCUCGAACGCAAGUCCCCCUCAUCACCAAUUCCUCCUGCCAGUGUCCACACAUCCUGCCCCAUCAAGAUGUCCUAAUCAUGUGUUAUGAGCGGCGUUCAAGGAUGAUGCUUCUUGAAAAUUGUUUAGUUGAGAAAUGGAGAGAUCAACUAAGCAGAAGGUCCACAUUUUUCAGUUUGCAAGGAUAAAAAUACGUAGGCACGGCACAGGGGUAUGUGAAGAACUCAGUAAGGAGGAAGACAGCUGAGGACUGAGCAUGCCUACAAAAUAGAACGGAACACCGCCAUCUUAGACCUGUGUUAAAACUCCAUCAGAGACUCGGGAGCUACUUGGCACGUGUGCUCACUGUUAUGAGAUACAAUAUUCUAGCAGAAUUGCAUUUCUGGGUCCCAAGACAAAAAUAUAAUUGAUAAAUCAGUGGAGAAAUAAAUUCAACCCCUGAUCUCCACACUCCACAUAUGUAUGUGCACAUACAUACCAAAUAAAUAAAUAGCUAAAUGAAUGGAUGCAUGGAUUAAUGAAUGGUUGCCACAACUUUUGUUUAGAAGGAAACUUGGUUAUCUGCAGGUUAUCUCAUUCCUCACUGCUCUGGGCACUUUAGUGGGUUACAGCAACUCCCUAUCUGUUUCUCUGUGUCUCAUGGGUUUUGUUUGUUUUUUUCUGCAUCUGAUCAUACUUCAAAAAUAUAACACAAUACAAUAAGACAUUUUGAGGGAAACCACUUUUAUUACAGUACAUUGUUGCAAUAAUUUUACUCUUGAUAUUAUCUUUUACUGUGCCUAGCAUAUUAGUUAAACGCUAUGGUAGGUACAUAUAGGCAACAAGAAGCAUAGCAUCUCCAGAGCACAGUACUGUGCAUGGUCCGCAUUAUGCACAUGAGAUCAUGGAAUGAUACAGUGAAGAAUGGUUUUGUUUUGUUUUAGAUAUAGGUAAUUUCUUCAAUAUAGUAAAUCACUGGCUUUGCAGGGAGACUACAUACAUUACUGCUUUUAGCAAUAGCAACAUUAUUUGAAAAGGCUUUGUUGUGUAGAGAUACUGUAUUGAGGCCGGCCAUGAAGCAUACAGGUAGGACUUGAGCUCUAGAAACAGUUGGAGAAUAUUGGAUUAUCUUUAGUGGCUCCAUGGUCCUGUGUGAAUAACCUCUAUAUGCUCAUUUCCUGCUUGUGACAACAGUAUCCAGAAGAUCUUUUAUGAGCUUCUAAGGAAUUAUGAGUGUUGAGACUUUCUUGCACACAGAGCACUUUCCAAUCACUGGGUGCAUGAAAAGUGCCCAGCAUAGGGAAUCUACAGUAAUUGCCAUGACAUUACAGAAGAACUGCCUGAAUAUGAAGCUCA